AUGUUACGUUGUGGACAGAAAGUAGGGCUCCCUUUUUUACAGAGACGGUUAUACCAAGUGCUAGCCAUAGAGACCUCUUGCGAUGAUACAAGUGUAGCAUGGUUGGAUCAUGAUCCACAAUCACAAAAAACGCAUAUUGUACAGAACUUGAAGACUACGCUUGAUAGUGUAGCCGACGGUGGAAUUAUACCAACAGCAGCUCAUGAACAUCAUCAAGUAAGUAUUGGCCCAUUAAUAAGGCAAGUUAUAGAUACGACUGAAUUAGAUAGUAACCAUCAAAAGAAGCCAGAUCUUAUCUGUGUCACUAGGGGCCCCGGAAUGCUUGGCUCGUUAUCGACGGGACUCGUUACAGCAAAGGCUUUGUCGAUUGCUUGGGAUGUACCUUUAUUAGGGGUGAACCACAUGUUAGGUCAUCUCCUUGUGCCGAGAUUGUACGAUAAAUCGAUUCGUUUCCCAUUUGUUUCGUUAUUGGUAAGUGGAGGUCAUUGUAUCUUGGUUCAUUCUACUAGCGUCACUGAUCAUAAGAUUUUAUGUGAGAGCAUUGAUAUUGCAGCGGGUGAUUCUUUAGAUAAAUGUGGCAGAGAAAUUGGUUUAAGUGGAAUAAUGAUUGGAAAAUCGUUAAAUCUGUAUACAAAUGAUAUUAUUGACCCAUGGGAAAAAGAUGAGAUCUUGGAUACUUUUUGUAAGUUACCAAACCCUUUGACGAAGACAAAGAAAUCUAGAAUUGCAUUUUCUUUUUCACCUUUCAUUACUGCUGUGAAACAAUUCUUAGCAAGUAACCCAUUGGAAACACUUAGUGAAAGACAACAUAAGUUGCUUGCCGCCAGGAUUCAGGAUUCGAUUUUUAAUCAUAUUAUUACGAAAGUGAAACAUACGAUAGAACAAAACUCAGAAAUGUUUCAAAAUGUUAACGAUUUUGUGUGUUCUGGUGGGGUUAGUGCUAAUGAUGUAUUACGUGGUAAAUUACAAAACACAUUGAAGUCUAAUUUCUCAAAUUUUCAUUAUCCUCCUUUGGAAUUAUGUACAGAUAAUGCAGUUAUGAUUGGAUACGCAGGAAUUGAACUUUAUGAUAAAUUCCAACAUACAAUUUCUAAUGAGUUAGAUAUUUUACCAUUACGUAAAUGGUCAUUAGAAAACAUUGUACCUAUCUCCAACUUUCAACGAAAAGAUUCUAAGAAAUCACAUGUAAAUAAAUAA